UACUAUUUUUCUCAUCCUUCACUACCAAAUAACACAUUUGAGUAUAAUGGAUUCCAAAAAAUCAAUUCUCAUCCUUGGCCUAUUGGCCAUGGUUCUUCUUAUUUCAUCAGAAGUAUCAGCUAGGGACUUAGCAGAGACUUCCACUAAUGCCAAAGAAGAGGUUGUUGAUAAGUCUAAUGAAGUAAAUGAUGCCAAAUAUGGACACUAUGGAGGUGGUAGUCACUACUAUGGUGGUGGACACGGUCAUGGUCAUGGACACGGUGGUCACUAUGGUGGUGGUGGUGGACACGGUGGACAUGGUGUAUCCGACAAUGAGGUUGUUGAAAAGUCAAAUGAAGUAAAUGAUGCCAAGUAUGGUUAUGGUGGCUAUAAUCAUGGUCAUGGUGGAAGCUAUGGUCAUGGAAGCUACGGUCAUGGAGGCUAUGGUCAUGGGGGAGGCUACGGUCAUGGUGGAGGAUACGGUCACGGUGGUGGAGGAUACGGUCACGGUGGUGGAGGAUACAGUCACGGUGGUGGAGGUUACGGUCACGGUGGUGGAGGUUACGGUCACGGUGGUGGUGGUGCUUCCAACAAUGGUAACUGAUUGUAUCAUCAUGUAUGGACAUUCUAAGUGUAAUAAGUUUCACGAAUAAAGAAUGUUAGGGUUAAACAAAAGUGGUAUAGAUAGACAGAGAUGAAUCUAUGGUGGUUAUCUAUCUUGCGCUUUGAUGUUUUACAACGUUGUUAAUCGUGUCUAAAUUACAUUAUCACUAUGUAUAUGUGAAGCUGUGUUUGAUUUCGAACCAAAAUGGUGAAUGUGUAAUCAUGUGUGAUAAAUCAAAUAUCAUCGUUGUUGCUUGUUA